GAGGCUUCUGGAAAAGGCGCCGCGCGCUGGGCGGGCCCGCGUCUAUAUAAGGGAGGCGCGGGGGCGGCGCGCCAGUUGCUUCUGCGUCCUGGUGCCGCUGUGUCUCGGAGCCCGUGCCGUCCUUUCGCCAAGAUGCCCGAGGAGACCCAGACCCAAGACCAGCCCAUGGAGGAGGAGGAGGUGGAGACGUUCGCCUUCCAGGCCGAGAUCGCUCAGUUGAUGUCCUUGAUCAUCAAUACAUUCUACUCCAACAAAGAAAUCUUUCUGAGGGAGCUGAUUUCAAAUUCAUCAGAUGCUCUGGACAAAAUUAGAUACGAAAGCUUGACGGAUCCCAGUAAGCUGGAUUCUGGGAAAGAGCUACAUAUUAAUCUCAUUCCCAACAAGCAAGACCGAACCCUCACGAUUGUGGACACUGGAAUUGGGAUGACCAAGGCCGACUUGAUCAAUAAUCUUGGUACCAUCGCCAAGUCGGGUACCAAAGCGUUCAUGGAAGCUUUGCAGGCUGGUGCAGACAUCUCCAUGAUUGGCCAGUUCGGUGUGGGGUUUUAUUCUGCAUAUUUGGUUGCUGAGAAAGUGACCGUGAUCACCAAACAUAAUGAUGAUGAACAGUAUGCAUGGGAGUCUUCGGCAGGAGGGUCUUUCACAGUGAGGACAGACACAGGUGAACCCAUCGGCCGUGGAACCAAGGUUAUUCUGCAUCUGAAAGAAGACCAGACCGAGUACUUGGAGGAGAGAAGAAUGAAGGAGAUAGUGAAGAAACAUUCCCAGUUUAUUGGUUAUCCGAUCACUCUCUUUGUGGAGAAAGAACGAGAUAAAGAAGUGAGUGAUGAUGAGGCUGAAGAAAAGGAAGAGAAAGAGGAAGAGAAAGAAAAAGAAGAAAAGGAGUCCGAUGAUAAGCCUGAAAUAGAAGAUGUUGGUUCUGAUGAAGAGGAAGAAGAGAAAAAGGAUGGUGACAAGAAGAAGAAAAAGAAGAUAAAGGAAAAGUACAUCGACCAAGAGGUACUCAACAAAACAAAGCCCAUUUGGACCAGAAAUCCUGAUGAUAUUACCAAUGAAGAAUAUGGAGAAUUUUAUAAGAGCUUGACCAAUGACUGGGAAGAUCACUUGGCUGUGAAGCAUUUCUCAGUUGAAGGACAGCUAGAAUUCAGAGCCCUUCUCUUUGUCCCAAGACGUGCUCCGUUUGACCUGUUUGAAAACAGAAAGAAAAAGAACAAUAUUAAAUUGUAUGUACGCAGAGUUUUCAUCAUGGAUAACUGUGAGGAGCUAAUUCCUGAGUACCUGAAUUUCAUUAGAGGCGUGGUGGACUCUGAGGAUCUCCCUCUAAAUAUUUCCCGUGAGAUGUUGCAACAAAGCAAAAUUUUGAAAGUUAUCAGGAAGAACUUGGUCAAAAAGUGCUUAGAACUCUUCACUGAACUGGCAGAAGAUAAAGAGAACUACAAAAAGUUUUACGAGCAGUUCUCUAAAAACAUUAAGCUCGGGAUACACGAAGACUCUCAAAAUCGGAAGAAGCUCUCUGAGCUGUUAAGAUACUACACAUCGGCUUCAGGUGAUGAGAUGGUUUCCCUCAAGGACUACUGCACCCGAAUGAAGGAGAACCAGAAACACAUUUACUACAUCACCGGUGAAACCAAGGACCAAGUUGCUAACUCGGCCUUUGUGGAACGGCUCCGGAAGCAUGGCUUAGAGGUGAUCUAUAUGAUCGAGCCCAUCGAUGAGUACUGUGUCCAACAGCUGAAGGAAUUUGAGGGGAAGACCUUAGUGUCAGUCACCAAAGAGGGUCUGGAACUUCCAGAAGACGAAGACGAGAAAAAGAAACAAGAGGAGAAAAAAACAAAGUUUGAAAACCUCUGCAAAAUCAUGAAAGACAUUUUGGAGAAAAAAGUUGAAAAGGUGGUGGUGUCAAACCGAUUGGUCACGUCCCCAUGCUGUAUUGUCACCAGCACGUACGGCUGGACGGCAAAUAUGGAAAGAAUCAUGAAGGCUCAGGCCCUAAGAGACAACUCGACAAUGGGCUACAUGGCAGCAAAGAAGCACCUGGAGAUAAAUCCGGAUCAUUCCAUCAUUGAGACCUUGCGGCAGAAAGCUGAGGCCGACAAGAACGAUAAGUCUGUGAAGGAUCUGGUCAUCUUGCUCUAUGAGACCGCCCUCCUGUCCUCUGGCUUUAGUCUAGAGGACCCCCAGACACACGCUAACAGGAUCUACAGGAUGAUCAAGCUUGGUCUGGGUAUUGAUGAAGAUGACCCUACUGCUGACGAUACCAGUGCUGCUGUCGCUGAAGAAAUGCCGCCCCUCGAAGGAGACGACGACACGUCGCGCAUGGAAGAAGUUGACUGAGCUCUGCCCGAGGAAUCGCUGUACACGUGUGCGAUACUUUUGUCUUCAUUCCCUCUGAUAUAUUUUUAAGGAUUCUUUUCUUUAUUUUUGUUAACAUUUUAAAAAUGUGUAUGGCAUGACAAUAAGGGGAAGAUAAGAUUUUUUUCUGCUUUUAAGUGUGAUGCUGUGACACUUUCGGCACUAAAGCAGAGUAAUGUCUCUAGUUUCACGUUGGCUUAUUUAACAGAUGGAGGUAACGUUGUCGUAAGGUGUGUGUAACCUCAUGUUAACUGAGUGCUCCAAAGUGUUUAGAUAUUGAGCAGAUUCCUUAGCCAAAUUUUUGUCACUGAGGUGUUUGAGAUAUAAUUUGAUGUUUAAAAGAAGUCUUUGUUAAAAUAACUCGGGUUUCACCUUUUAGGAUCUUGUUUUUAAGCCUUCAUCUCUCGUAGUUACCAACUCUGCAUGUACUAGGCUAGAAAUUAGUAUGCUACACUGACCCAACUUGAUGGGACCUAAGUAUCCAUAGGGCUCGUUUCCAAAGAAAAAUGUAUUGAUUAGAGUAGCAAAAUUUUGCGCCUGUCUAGGUCAUUGUAAAGGCAGUGUGAAAAGUAACCCCGCCGAGCUUGUGAGUGGACGUGUAGUUCCCAGGUCACCUGCUGCGUCAAAUGAUGUAAUAAAUACAGUUAAGUUUAAAAGAAA